CUCGUCAUCGUCAUAAAGGAGGCAAACCGAACCAGAACCCGACAAGAUGAAAACUGGAGGGAAACGAAAAAGUGCUCAUAUUCCAGCCAAAAAUUCUGAAGAUUGCGAAUUGGAUAUGUCUCCAGGAAGGAAACGUUCAAAACUAGAAAACAACAAUACUUACAAGAAAUCAGAUGAGAUUUCUGUAAUGUACGUGAAACACUUGGAUGAAAUGGGAGUUCAGGAACUUCCGAGCAGUGAUAACGAGGGAACCAGUGAUGGAGAAGAGGUUACAUCACUUGUCUCUAAGGUUUCUUCAGAUAAGUCUGAUGAAUCAUCCAUGGACUCCCUUGUACAUAAGUCUCCGUUGAGGGACCUAAAACAUUCAGAAACCAUCAUGGUCACUCCACCGGACCAAAUUCGAUCGUUCCGAGUGAGACGAUCUGUUCAAAACACAUGUAAACUUGAUCUCUUUGGCAUGUUGUCUGAUGAGAUUGUGCUGAUGAUCAUGCAAUGGUUGCCUCGUCAGAGUCUGAGUGACUGUGCGCUCGUGUGUCAGCGCUGGCGACGUAUUGUCUACGAUGAGUCACUUUGGCAACGCAUCGACUUGACAUGCAUGUCACUAAAGACAGACCAUAUGGGAUAUGUGCUGCAACGAAACCCCGUCAUACUGCGCAUGGCCCAGGCUGAGGUGGCAGAGCCCAUGUUGUGGGAAUUGGCUCCUGCUAUGGAGAACUUUUUCUGUGACCUUCAGUAUUUGGAUCUCAGCAUGGCUCUAAUCAAGGCCAAUGACCUGGCACAUCUGCUCGGCAUGUGUACAAGACUGAAGAAGCUGAGCGUAGAGCAUUGUGACACAGACGCAGCUGUUUGUGCUAGCAUUGCUGCCAACACGGAACUGGAGGUGCUCAACAUGUCUCAGUGUUACCAACUCGAUGCCGCCGGUCUGGAGGAGAUACUAAUCUGCUGUAGCGAAUUAGUAGAACUCAAUCUCGCCUGGACCAGACUGAACAGCGAGUGCAUCGACAUUGUGUGUAAACUAGUCAACGAGAACGUGCUGAAGCUCAACCUCAGCGGGUGCCUCAAAUCUCUCAGGAACUCACAUGUGAAGGAGCUUGUUUCCCGUUGCACCUGCCUGACGGAGCUCGAUCUCAGUGAUUGCACCGAAAUAACGGAAAACUGUGUUGAUGAAAUCAUGAAACACCUGUGCGAUAUUGAGGAGCUUUCCUUCAGCCGCUGCUACAAUAUUUUGCCCACAAAGUACAUAAAACUGCAAGCUUGUAAAUCAUUACAAUUCCUAAACAUUUUCGGGUUGAUGCCACCCAAACAGUUGGAGACUUUUACCAAGGCCAUGAAGUCUAUUCAGAUCAACAAACAUGAGUUCUCCACAGUAGCCAGGCCUACAGUUGGUAUCAGACGAACUUCCAUUUGGGGUCUUCGAGUUCGAGACUGAAUUAUGUAAUGUGAUGUUGUAUUCUGGUCAACGGUGUUUUUUUCCUGUGGUUGACUCCGUUUUUUUCUUGGUUGUGUUAGAUUAUUCUUCGAUUCCAUAAACUAUUUUUGAAACGUUCCCUGAUGCUGUGUUUGUUAUUUUAGUCAUUAGAUGUACUAAGUUACAUUAUUACUACCACAUUGGUCGCUAAGUAUAACAACAAGAAUAUUUUGGUGUUAGUUCUUAGUUUAGUUAUAAAUGAAUUACAAUGGCAUGUAGCGUUUUAUGUUAUGGUUUUUGAGUUACAUUACUUUAAGUUUUGUACUUAUGAGAUUUUUCACAGGGUUGAAUUUUGUUUCCAAAGACUUUAAAAAAAGCUAAGGAUAGUUUUUACGUUUAUUUAAUCUUUCCCGCCUUUGAUUUUGCUCCAAAUUUUAUGAGUUUUUCAGUUAGUUAUUAUGCUUUUUUUACAAUCAAAAGAAACAUUUAAGGGACUCAUCAUUUUCUUUAAAUGUAUCACUACAAAAAGUAAAAAAAGCUUAAUUUGUGUUCAAGCUUGUAGGCCUAUCCUCAAUAAAAUCUAUCAGUAAGAAAAACUCCAAAAAAAUCUUUGCUUGUCCAAAAUGUAGUUUUACAUUUCUCAGCAAGGUUGAAAUUGCCGAUUAUUGUUGUUAGUAGACAAGAUACUCAGGAACGAAUAUAUGUAUAUGUGCUGCCCUUAAGUGCUAUUCUAAGCCGCUUCCUCAACCCAUUAAGUAGGUUUUCCAUGGCAAGGUCAGUGAAUAAAAGGGAACCAUGACUUGUUUGAUUUCAAUAGUCACUGCCUCAUCCAACCAAGCCUUCCUUCAUCUAGAUCCAGUUUCUUUAUAUUUCUUUAAAUAGUUUUAUGACUGAUUUUUUUCAUCCGUUGGAAGUUAAAAUAAAAAUAAACAAAACGUGCAUCAAAAAGGGAAGUUCAAUUUCUUAUCUUUUGGCGUUCUCAGUCAGACGUAGGGUUUUUUCACCUUUUUAUUCGGCAUCCUCAUGAAGUACAGUCCGCAUAUUCUGCCGUUACUAGGUAUGUUGCCUAGCAGGAACUAUUCCCUAAACAUACUUCUUACCAUACACACAUUUUCAAUCAAAAUCAUCCAUAAAAAUAAACAAAAAGUUUGUUUCCUCAAAAAAACACAAUUUAAAAUUAAAAAAUAAAAUUUUCUCUCAAUCCAUUAUGUUAUAUUAAGCAUAUUCUUUGACGGUUAUUUAAUUAAGGAUGAAUAUUGUGGAUAGUUGAACUGUUAACUCAUUGAAUAGUUAAAAAUGUAUUUUAGCACAUAUUUUGGUUUAGAUAUACCGCCUUUCAAUGUGCAAGUUAAUGGCAGGUUAUUUCUAGGUGAACCAAUAGGGUUAUUUAUUAUUUUAUUUACUGAAAUAUAUGACCCACCUAGUUUAAUGUAAUAAACAUGUGUUAAUAUGUUUCUUAAACUCAAUUUCGCACAAUACAAGCUGCUGUGCAAGGUAUUAUAUUGGUCUCACAAUUUCCAUUAGUUGUAUGGCAUAUAUGGUUAUGUAUUUAAAAACUUCAUGGCUGUAUUCAAACAAAUUAUGCCGGUUUGGUUUUCUAUUAUUAUUUUUUACUAUAUUAAGGUUUCAUAUAUAAUUUAUAUUUGUAAAAGGCUGUUCUGAUUUUGUAACAUCUUAAGUUUGCAAACAUCGAUGCAUAUCAGCAACGACUGAUUGAAAUUUGUAGAUAAUUUUGUAUUAUUUUAUGUAUAGAUGUAUUUUUGUAUAUUAGAUUAGAUAUUAUAUAGGCUAGAUCCAUGUGGCCAAGAAGUCUGAUAGGCAUAAGAGAUAUGCUAUGCUCAAUGGAUACUAUUUGUUUAUGACGCUUAAUAAAUUAAAGCAUAAAUAAAAACUUGUAUCCUAAGAAUAUGAAUAAAAGUAUUAAGUUAGUAAUAUGUCAUUCACUGUAUAAUAUUAUUUUUUUUACUGUUGUUUAAACACUUAAUGAUGAAAUAAACAAGGGAUGGUAGAGUAACAGAAUUACAAUUAAUUAUUUGGUAAAGUUGAUGUUGGCCUUUUGUAAUGUCGUUCUGUUAUUCUACCAUUCCUUAAUCACUUAGGUGUUUUCAAAUUGGAAAACUAAUAAAUAGUAUCAGACGGCUUAAAACUUUUUUAUAGCUUAUUUUUUGGGUAAUGAUGUUUUUAUGGAUUUACAGUGUCCAAUUCUAUAUUUGAUGGGAAAUCAAAACUUAUGUUCAUGGAAAAAAUAAAAUCUUUUGUUAUU